UGCCUCACUGCCAAUCUGCUCCAUUACCUCAGGCUGAAUGGCGGCGCCCCCACCGGUGCCCUGGCCCAGGCGGCCAGUCUGCUCCUCGAGCUGCUCCUGCUGCACGUGUGCCUCGCGGGGGUCGCGCGGGCCGCGCCCUUCCCGGCGCACCUGGUAGUGCACGCCGGCCACAGGCCGCACGGCCACGCGCCGUGGCAAGAGUACCCCGUCGCCCUCCACCCCAUCAACAACAACAGUGCAAACUUCAGGCCCAUCCUGCCCGGCACGGACCACGGACUGUACAACAAGGGCUUCUUUGAGGGGGACAUCCUGCGCAAGGAUGCGACCAGCAAGGAGGACCCCGACACAAAGAACGCCGUAAGCGACCCCAACCUGCUCUGGCCGCACGCCACCGUGGUAUACAAGGUGGACGACGACGUGGGUUGUCCCGAGAGUCCCCAGUGUGCGAUUCUUAUGGCAGCCAUGGACCACUACCACGAACACUCAUGUAUCCGCUUCAAGCAGUGGACGGGCGAAGACAACUGGGUGUCCAUCUUCUUCAACAGCGACAGCAGCGGCGCGUGCUGGUCCCCCGUCGGCAAGCAGGGUGACGGCGAGCAGCGGCUGUCCCUGGGACAGCGCUGCUGGUACAAGGGGAUUGUGAUCCACGAGCUGGGCCACGCCAUCGGCUUCUGGCACGAGAUGAACCGGCCCGACCGCGACGACUGGAUCUACGUGUACUGGCAGAACAUCAUCCCGGGCUUCGCGUCCGCGUUCCGCAAGCACACCGCCGUCAACACCCUCAACGAGCGCUUCGACUACAACUCCAUCAUGAUGUACGAUGAGUACGCCUUCUCCAAGGACGGGCGGUCACCCACGCUGCAGGCCACGACGGGCGAGGAGAUCGGGCCGAUCUGGAGGAAGAGGGGGCUGAGCGCCAGCGACAAGCGCCGCCUGCGCAAGCUGUACCAGUGCGACCCUAAAAAGCCGAAGGCCGGUUUCCCCUACGAUGUCAACUGUGACUUCAACAAGCACGUGUGCGGCUUCAAGAACGGUGGAUCGCCGAACUGGAGCUGGAGGACCGUCAACCAGACCGACGGAUACGUGUACACGUCCUUCGACACGGCUGGCACCACUCCGGGCCACUUCAUGUCCAUCAACUUCCCGCCGAUCAGCAGUGCCCUGUCCAGUGUGCGCGGCGAGUUGGGCUGCGUGCGAUUUUAUUAUCUAAUCGAAACUGACGGUGAAGCGCAGCUCGUGCUGGACCAGGCGUACCUGAAAAAAUCGACGCAGUUGAACCACGACGCGGCCACUACGUUCCAGCUCUGGUCCAACAACACUUCUACCAACGAGUGGAUCCACAUGGAGAUCCCGCUCUUUGUCACUCGGUCCUUCAAGCUCAUCUUCACGUCGAACUUCAACGGCUCGGCUACGCACGGCACCAUUGCGCUGGACGACGUGGAGCUGCUGUACACGCCCUGCAACCCCGUUCAGGCCAACGUGACGGCCACGACGCCAGAGCCGGCGAUGGCGGCGCCCAAGCCUAAGCCUCUGCACACCACCACGGCCGCACCCACCACUACGACCACCACCACGACCACCACGGCGGCGCCCACCACCACGACCACCACGCCUCUUCCAACGACGCCUAUGCCCGCCACGGACAUGCCCACGACCACCGACUCCACUGAAGUCCCUACCGAGGCCCCCGUUACUUCAGCCGACACCACGUCAAGCAGCGCGGCCACCGAGGCGCCGCCGUCGUCCUCCUCAUCGGGAACAACAUCAGCGCCCCCGACCUCCACGCCAGCCAUGUUGACGACGGCCGAGGUGGAGGAGGCCUUGCAGCAGCAGCAGCUGCAGCAGCAGCAGAGCAUCCUGGAGGCGCAGCAGCUGCUGGAGAAGCAGCAGAAGAAAGAGCAGCAGGAGCAGCUGGCCGCCAUGGCGAACUCGCUGCAGCAGCAUGUCGCCAUGCACUCCCACGCCCACAAGAAAAAGAUUCCAAACUUGCCAGUGCCCACGGACAGGAUACCGCUGAAGAACCCUAACGCAACUUCCCACGACACCGACGAGUCCCGGACGGUCACGCGGUGAUACGGGUGAUAGGCGGUGGUGCAGAGCGUUCAUGCUACCAAAGACUCAUACCAAGUAUAUACUUUAGAGAUAAGACGGUGUGUAUAUGUAAUAUUCGGCGGACUGCCGCCCCUUACCUUGACCACGAUGUGUUCAUUUUGUAUAUGUUCAGAGUGACUGAGCAUUUUUCUGCAUGUCAAGUUUGUGCAUUGUCUAAUGUUUAUUAGGAGGUAAAAUGCACAAGGCCCUCUAUAAAUUUGUAGCGUAGAUCACAAAAAAAUAUCGCACUAUGAAUGUAGGAAAUAGUAAUUUAUUCAAAUAAAAUAAUUCAACUCUUAAAAUAAUUUAUUGUAAAUAAAGCGACAAAUAAAAACGAUACAUGUAUCAACAA